CUCCCUAUGCAGUCCCGUAAGUCUCAUGUAGUCCAGGUACAUCGUGGGACUGCUCUCAUCGUACCGGUUCUGCAGAAAGUGGAAAAGAGGAAUUACCUGUAGCCCGGGUUCUGCAGUCAGACCGCACCGCACCGACUUGAAAGUCCAGUUUCGCAAGAAGAGAAGCCGGGAAGAGCUGGAGAAAUAUGUCACAGGAGACGGACAACAGCAAGCGCUUGGUGGUAGUAUUACAGAAUGACACAAACCUCCAUCCCAGACGUGCCUAUACAAGUGAAGAUGAGGCCUGGAAGUCAUACCUUGAAAACCCAUUGACAGCUGCCACAAAAGCCAUGAUGAGCAUCAAUGGUGAUGAAGAUAGUGCUGCUGCCUUAGGAUUGCUCUACGAUUACUACAAGGUCCCUAGGGACAAGAGACUCAUGCCAAUUGGUAAAGUAGCUGAUGCACAGGAUGAUCAAGACAAAAGAAAUUGCCUUACGUCAUCUGAUAAUCAGAACGAUCUAGAAGUACAUGACAAUCGAGUGCAAGUUCUUAAGUCCCUCCCGGUGAACCUGUCCUUGCACCCGGAGCAUUUGGAUGCCUCAAAGCGGGAGCCUUACGGUGCAAACCCAGCUGAGAACACGCCUGUGUCGGUGGCAGGGGUAGCAGUGGUCAGCAUCAAAACGGAGGGUUACCCCACCAGCUAUUCAGGGGCAAUGACUCCCACUGUGCACUAUAGUAGAGCCGAGAGUGAUGAACAGAGAGGGGUGAUCUUUGAACAGAACCUUGGCAGCAGCCAAUACGAAGUGUUCACCGUCACACACACCAACUACCUCAAAGAUGACCAGCGCAGCACGCCUGACAGCAGCUACAGUGAAACGUUUAAGGAUGGAAUAGUGGAAAAAUACCGCAGCUCUUCGUUAGGGGAUGAAGAAUUCAUCUAUGAGCAUGCAGGAGGAGAUUCAUUCCAGUACACGCUGGAAGCCACAAAAUCUUUACGUCAGAAGCAGGGGGAAGGGCCGAUGACAUACCUGAAUAAAGGACAGUUUUAUUCCAUAACACUCAGGGAGACUGGAGCCAACAAAUGCCUUCGCCAUCCAAUCAGCAAAGUUAGGAGUGUAAUAAUGGUGGUAUUCAGUGAAGAUAAGAACCGUGAUGAGCAACUGAGGUAUUGGAAAUACUGGCAUUCUCGACAGCACACUGCCAAACAGCGAGUCCUUGAUAUUGCUGAUUACAAAGAGAGCUUCAACACUAUUGGAAACAUUGAAGAAAUUGCCUACAAUGCCAUCUCCUUCACAUGGGAUGUGAACGAGGAAGCCAAGAUAUUCAUCACAGUGAACUGUCUCAGCACAGAUUUCUCUUCACAAAAAGGGGUGAAAGGACUUCCCCUCAUGAUACAGAUCGACACGUACAGCUACAACAAUCGCAGCAACAAACCCAUCCACAGGGCUUACUGCCAGAUCAAAGUGUUCUGCGACAAGGGAGCUGAGAGGAAAAUCCGAGAUGAAGAGCGGAAACAGAACCGGAAGAAAGGGAAAACUGUGGGGACGGCGAACCAAGCAAACCCUUCAUCAGAAGGCAAAUUGAGCGCUGCAGCCUUGCAGAAGAGAAGUGAUGCUACUUUCUUCAAAACCAUGACUGACCUGGAUUCCCAACCAGUUCUCUUCAUACCAGACAUUCACUUCGGGAACCUCCAGAGGAGCGGCCAGAUGUACAGUGUCAGCACGGAUGACAUGGAGAGGGAAGGUGUCCUUGUGAAAAGGUUGUUCCGAUCGUUAGAAGAUGAGUACCCCCCAACAGCUACCAAACAGAUAAGAGAGGACGUGCAUAAAAAAGUCCUGCUGUAUGUACGGAAAGAGUCCGAUGAGGUGUUUGACGCUUUGAUGCUGAAGUCUCCGACUAUGAAGGGGCUGAUGGAUGCAUUGUCCGACAAGUAUGGAUUUCCAGCAGAAAAGAUUGGAAAGAUUUACAAGAAAAGUAAAAAAGGAAUUUUGGUAAACAUGGAUGACAACAUCAUUGAACACUACUCCAACGAAGACACUUUCAUUCUCAACAUUGAAAACCUGGGUGAGAGCUUCAAAAUCACGCUGACUGAAAUUUAACAAGGGCUUGGAGUCACAUGCAACAAAACGUCCUUCUUUGAAAGAUGGAUCACAAUCUGACAAUCCUACAGUUACAAACCUGACUGCUAGUUAACUAUUAAUGACUGAUGAAAAGGAGUUUGCAUCUAUCAAGUGGACAAUCUUUGUACAUACUUCAGAAAUCAAUGAAGCGGAACUGGCAUUUCUUCUUGCAUUUUACUUCAUAACGUAUAAAUAUUGACAGUUUUUAUAGUGCUAAAUUAUUGUCCCAAAGACUUUAGAAUAAGCAAAAUGGCAUCGUUACUUGGAGGGCAAUAUUUUAGCUCUUAGUCAGAUAUUUGGUACGGACAUCCGUUACAACUCUGCCUGGCAUCCUCCUCUCUUUUAUCCCCCAUGCUGAUUGCAGUCAGUUUUGUGUUUCAGUCCAGUUUAUCCACACCAGAUGUGUCCAGCAAUACCUCAGAACGCACGAUUGUGAAAUGAAAAAAGUAAAGGACACUCCAAUUGGAGAGCAUUAAGACAUGUUUCAUUGCCUUUUAAGGUAAUUAUGAGAGCUUCUACAUGUGAUUGCAUUUUAAUCAAAUGCAUUUGUGAUAAGAUUGGCAUACACUUAACACUCCAGCAGGCCACACAGGGUCAUGUGUGUGUUUGCUUUGGUUCUCUAUGUAGCACUGAGGACCAGAAACAUCCAUCUUUAGUAGAAUUUGACACUAACUGAAAUAGAAAUAGCAUAUAUAAUUGUAAAAAAUGUCUAUAAUGUGCAAUAUUAAAUUUUACAUAAGGCAUGUUUACUGCCGUUAUGUUUUGGGUUGAGGGUUUUCAUGGUAGCUGUGUAUUUUUAUUUUUUAAUAUAAAACCUGUUUCCUUCUUGUCUAUAUAUUAAGUUUGAAAAGCAUCAUGAGAUUAUACAAAAUGACUGUAUAAACUGCUAUCCAGGGUAUUUAAAGGAUUUGGGAAACUUGAAUGUUUUUACAAAUUGAGAAAAAAGACUGUAUACAAGGUAAUAUUUUUGGAAAUGGGAGUCGGGAUCUUUUCAGACUUUAAAAAGACAGUUGUAUUUUAUUUUUUGUACAUUUUUUUUAAAGAGCAAAAUAAACUUCAGAAUG